AAAAAAUGUAAUUUAUUCUCUUAAUUGUCUGUAUUGUUGCAUUUAUUGAUUGUAAAUUGAAAGUUCUUAGGCCAGCUGAGUUAGUUAAUCAUUUGGGAUCAAAAGUAAACAUUGCACUCGCUAAUUUUGGGUUUGAAUUCAUUUAUUAGAGAUUAGUUAAAUUCCAUUUGGACAUAGACUUAUGGGUUAUGUUGAUAUGGCUUAACCUAAUAAUGGAUGUAAUAGUCUUAAGCCUACAAAUGGAAGCCAAUUCAUUCUGAUAGAAAGAGGAAAUUGUACUUUUGUCACUAAGGUUAGGAAUGCCCAGAAUGCUGGAUAUUCUUUAGCUAUUAUUGGCAAUAAUAAUGAUUAGACUUUAGAAUCUGAUUUUGUUAUGGCUGAUGAUGGUAAUGGAUAUGCUGUAUUAAAUUAUUACAUAUAUUAAUAGGUUGACAUUCCAUCAAUAUUCAUUGCAUUAAAAGAUUUUAAUAUUAUGAAAGAAUAUGUUUAAAAGUUUAAUGUUUAUGAUUCUACAGAUGAAAAGGUUUUUGUAUUGGUCAAAUUUGAUGUUGAAAAAAAGGAAAAUGUAGAUGUAAUAUUUCGAUUGGAAGUUAAUAAUAGAGAUUCAUACAGAAUAGUUGAUGAAUUUCAAUAAUAUUAUGAUCUUUUAAAAAAUGAGUAGGUAAAUUAUACAUUGCUUUAUUCAAUUUUCAAUUCCAACAAUUCAGAAACUGAAUAUUUAAUAGAUGAAUCUAAUUGUAUUUGUGAAAGACGAUAUUGUGCUAUUGAUCCUGAUGGUGAAGGGAUCGGAUCAGGAAAAAAUAUAAUUGAAGAAUCUAUUAGAUAAACAUGCAUAUUUAAACAUUUUCCAUAAAAAUAUUUUCAAUACAUGGUAAACUUUAAGAAUAAUAAUAGAAUAAAUUUAAUUUUGAAUGCACUAAAGCUUAAGCAUAUUCAACUUGUGGUAGUAGGAUUAUAAAUAAUUUGGAAAUCAGUGCAGAUGAUAUUGUCAAAUGUAGAGAUGAGUCAUUUAAGGAUCCAUUUACUCAUCAAACAACAAAAAAUCUAACUAAUUCUUAUAAUGCUAUUUUGGAGCACUAAAUGAUAUUGUUAGAGAAUGCUGGUAUGGUAGGAUUACCAUCAGUAGUUGUUAAUUCUAUAGUUUACAAAGGAUAAUUAACAGGUAAAGGAAUUUUUGGUGAAAUUUGCAAUAGUAAUAUAUUAAUGAUUAUAUGUAGGUUUUAUUACUCCUCCUUCAAUUUGCAAAGAGGAAGUAGAAAACUAUUAUCAAUUUUCGUUUAGUGGAACACAUUAUCUAUUUUGGGUUUUACUGAUUGUCUCAAUUCUGAUUGCAAUAUUUAUAAUAGUUCUAUACUUUUUAUUCAAGAAAUUUGUUUAAAGAGAUAGUGUUGAAGUGACAUAAGUUUAAGUUAAUGAAAUGGUGAGCCAAUACAUAAAAUUUUAUGAAGGAAAAGAUUAAUAAAAACAAAAUUCUUAUUGAGA